GACAGGUUGUUCAAACGGACUGCUUUCUCAUGCCUCGUAGUAAACUCACCCAAGAAGAGCCCCCUUCUUCUGUGAGCAUCCUGCUUCCUUCCCUUGGAUCUCCGGGGGGCGCCCUGCAGGAGCGCUGACACCAUGGGAAGCAGCACCUCCGCGCCACAUCGCUUCGCUUUCCAGAACGCCGAGCACGCCUUCAAGGCAGCAGCCUUAAUCCAGAGAUGGUACCGGCGCUAUAUGGCCCGCCUGGAGAUGAGGCGGCGAUGCACCUGGAGCAUUUUCCAGUCUAUCGAGUAUGCUGGGCAGCAAGACCAGGUCAAGCUUCACGAUUUCUUCAGCUACCUCGUGGAUCACUUCACACCCCGUAACCACAAUGAGAGAGACUUCCUCAACCGCAUGUUCACAGAGGAGAGAUUCGCCCAGGACUCAGAGAUGGAGAAGAGCAGCGAUUUUGAAUCCAUAGAGGUGCCAGACAGUUAUACAGGGCCACGCCUCUCCUUUCCCCUCCUUCCUGACCAGGCCACUGCCCUGGUGGAAGCUUUCAGGCUGAAACAACAGCUCCAUGCUCGCUACGUCUUGAAUCUCUUGUACGAGACCAGAAAACACUUGGCACAGCUGCCGAACAUCAACCGAGUCUCGACCUGUUACAGUGAGGAGAUCACAGUGUGUGGAGAUUUACAUGGCCAGUUGGAUGACUUAAUAUUUAUAUUUUAUAAGAAUGGUCUACCAUCGCCAGAGCGGGCAUAUGUGUUCAAUGGUGACUUUGUGGAUCGAGGCAAGGAAUCAGUAGAGAUCCUGAUGGUUCUUUUUGCCUUCAUGUUGGUUUACCCCAAAGAGUUCCACCUUAACAGAGGAAACCAUGAGGACCAUAUGGUGAACUUACGGUACGGCUUCACCAAGGAAGUGCUGCACAAGUACAAGACACAUGGAAAGAAAAUCUUACGAACACUUCAAGACGUGUUCUGUUGGCUGCCUCUGGCCACACUGGUUGAUGAGAAGGUCCUCGUUCUUCAUGGUGGGAUAUCAGACAGAACUGAUCUGGAGUUUUUGGCUAAACUAGACCGACACAAGAUUGUUUCUACCCUGAGGUGCAAAAUGAGAAAGGAAAGCACGAAACAGGAGGAGGAAAAGAAAACGGCCAACCAGCCAAGCUCUGCCCAGGAACCCACCCCAUGGUUUCUUCCUCAGAGCCGCUCUCUCCCCUCCACGCCGUUCCACCUGCGCCCCGACAAGGCCCACCGAGCCGGCCGCUCGUGCAGCAUCCCCUGCCCCGGCGCGCUGGACAGGCAGGAGCUGUCCCGGCACGCGCGGCGCUCGGUGGACCUGGAACUGGAAAGGUGCCGCCAGCAAGCGGGCUUCCCAGGGAUCAAGGAGAGCGAGGAGCCCUCGCCCUUGGCCUCGGGGCCCGACCCCGAGUCGGGGGAGCUGCUGGAGCCCACCCAGGAGGAAUGGAGGCAGGUCGUGGACAUCCUGUGGAGUGACCCCAUGGCUCAGGAGGGCUGCAAGGCCAACACUGUUCGAGGAGGAGGCUGUUACUUUGGGCCCGAUGUGACGCAACAGUUGCUGGAGAGAUACAGCCUGCAACUCCUGAUCCGUUCCCACGAGUGCAAACCUGAGGGCUAUGAGUUCUGCCACAACCGCAAGGUGUUAACCAUCUUUUCUGCCUCUAAUUACUAUGAAGUUGGUAGUAACAGAGGUGCUUAUGUCAAACUGGGGCCAUCUCUGACCCCACACAUCGUACAGUAUCAAGCUAACAAGGGGACCCACUUGCUAACCAUGAGGCAAAGGAUCAGCAGGGUAGAGGAGUCAGCCCUGAGAGCUUUGCGGAAAAAGUUAUUUGCUCAUUCCUCAGACCUCCUUGAUGAAUUUAAGAAGCAUGAUGCAGAUAAAACUGGCAUCAUCUCCCUGAGUGACUGGGCGGCUGCUGUGGAGUCUGUGCUGCACCUGGGGCUGCCCUGGCGGAUGCUGAGGCCGCAGCUCGUGAACAGCUCCACGGAUAACAUGCUGGAGUACAAGACCUGGCUGGAGAGCUUGGCUAAAGAGCAGCUGAGCCGAGAGAAUAUACAGUCAAGUUUGCUGGAAAAACUGUAUCGAAACCGAUCCAACUUGGAGACCAUCUUUAGGAUCAUAGACAGUGAUCAUUCAGGGUUCAUCUCCCUGGAUGAGUUCAGACAGACGUGGAAGCUGUUCAGCUCUCAUAUGAACAUCGACAUCUCGGACGACUGCAUCUGUGAUCUUGCCCGAAGCAUUGACUUCAACAAGGAUGGCCAGAUUGACAUCAAUGAGUUUCUGGAGGCCUUCCGCCUUGUAGAGCAGUCCUGCUCGGAGGGCAGGGACUCUGCUUGCCCACAGUCCACAGACACCAGUGAUGGUGGCCCCAGCAGUCCAGACCCACACUGAGAACAGCCUGGUAUUUAUAGCCCACAGUGCCUCCAUAGGCAAUGCCCAGCCUACUAACAACU